AUGCCUUUCGGUUCGCUGCUCUCGGGCAGUAUUACAAAAGCCUCCAGCUGCCGCCGACGCUCCUGCUGGCCCUUGGACCCUGAAUCUUUCUGCGAGCCCGUCGAGCCCGUCGAGCCCGCCCUCCGCUGCCGCCGCAAGUCCCCCGCCUCGCCGCUCGCUCGCGUUCGCUCUGGCCCAGCCCGGCUCGGGAUACAUUGCGCCCCGUCCGCCGCCAUCAUUAAUCACUCAACCUCCAUCUCGUCGCUGCUCUCGCCGACUCCCGCCCAGCAGCAGCGCCCGCUCACGGGCAGCCCGCCAACUGCCCGUCUCGACGUGCCGGCCUAUCCGCCGCCGGGCCACGCUGCUCCGCCGCUGCCCGUCUUCCCGGCCUCUGCCCAGCAGCAUCAGCAGCGCCCGCUGCCGCCGGUGCAGACCCCGGAGCGAGCCGCGCCUGAGGCGGGCGCCCGGCGCUCGGAGCAGCCUCGCAUGAGGUCCUCCAUCGCCUGCGCCCGCUGCAGAAGAAGCAAAGUAAAGUGCGUGAACAAUGGCGUAGGCACCACGUGCAGGGCCUGCGAGACCACCGGCCGCGAAUGCACCUAUCCUUCGCCUGCCGCCGGCGCUGGCGGCGGCGUUGCCGUAGCCCGCCGUGAGAGCAGUAGUCAGUCUGGCCACCCCAUCCUGGACAGAGGUCCCGCUGGUGAGACUCCGCGGCGCCAGCCCCGUCCCAAGAAGAGCUCUACCUCGAUUCCCGGCACCUCUUCGUCAAACAGAGACAGCCCCCAUGCUCUAGUGGAUGCGCUAGAUCCGACCGUCCUCACGCCGAAAGUCUGGACGGAACUGUUCGAGAUUUUCCAGACGCACUAUUCCACUGAUCUUCCUUUCUUGCAUCCUCCCACUUUCCUGAAGCCUUUGCGGCAGUCUUCGCUACAGUCGCCCAACUCUGGUUUUGGCGAUCCAGCCAGUGGUCCUCUCCCGGCCCUCUCUCCGCUUCUUCUCUUGGCCUUUCUAGCCCUGACCUCCCGAUUCCACCCCCAGCUAGUUGCGUACCACUCGACCUCCAGCUCAAAACCAAAACCCCAAGUCGCCGCCGAGUACUACGCUUCAGCAUGCCGGAACCGUAUCGCCAGCAUGUACGGAGGCGAUCCGGGGGUCCCCGACCUGCAGCGGAUUCAGGCCAUGUUGAUGCUCGGGUUGCACGAAUGGGGGUCCUGCCAGGGUUCCAAGGCAUGGGUCACAAUCGGAAUAGCAAUUCGUGGAGCACAGCUACUUGGUCUUCAGUUCGAGGCCGACCUUGACGAUAUGCCCUUGGCUAGAUCAACUGCCAUGGUCGAAGAAGCACGGCACCUCGGUGUAAGCACCAGUCAGAGAGAAUAUGCGCUGAACAGCAAAGGGGAUGCUUUCAUCGAACAGGAGACGAGGAGACGUACUUUCUGGAGCUGCUUCAUCAUGGACCGAUACCUGAGCAGUGGGAAAUACAGGCCGCAAAUGCUCAACAUCCAGGACCUGAGGAUUCAACUACCUUGUAGCGAACGAGCCUUCCUUUUUGGCGAGAAAGUCAAAACAUUGAUGCUGGGCGAAGAAGUUCACGAUGUUGUUGGCCGCGCCCAUAUCCAACACCAACGGAAGACUUCAGUGAUGCUGGGCUCGAAGUCAGGAUCGCCUAACGGAGGUACUCCUGUCAGCAGCGAUCGGUCUCCGGCCACGGGUACGGGGCUUGGCCGAGAAGAUGAGGAAGAUGGCCGAUGGGAGGUCGGCUCCGAUGAAGGCAUCCUCAGCCGCUUUAUCAAAGUGUUGGAUUUGUAUGGACGUAUUGUCAAAUGGUCCUGCAGUGGGGGACGAAGACGGGAACAAUUCCCCCCCUGGGAUGACCGCUCAACAUUCUGUACUCUGCAGCGACUUCACAGCCGAUUCAGGGAUGGUCUGCCUCGCGAUAUGACCCUCACCUCACCCAACAUAUCCGCGCACAUUACAUCGAGAACAUCGACGCCGUUUGUCCUCAUGCACAUUGUGCACCUCCUUUCUGGCAUGAUUCUCCACCGCGAAUAUAUCCCUUUCAUCCCGCUCCGAUCGCCCAAGCCACAAGGGCCCCUCGAUCCUCCUUGUUUUUCCUCGGAUGAAUACACGGUUCCGGAAGGCUUCUGGGAACAAAGCGCACGGGAACUGUUCAAGUCUGCAAGGGACGUCAUUGACCUUCUGCGAAUCUGCCAGGAGUGGAAUGUUCUUGUCGAGACACCAAUCGUCGGCUUCGCUGCGUACACUGCUGCAUUCACGGGUGUUUAUGCUAUCAACUUCCCCUGGAUGGAUCCUUACGGCCACAUGUGCAAAGGAACACAGUCUUACAAUCCAGUGAAAUCCGAAACCGGCGACUCUCCCGGUGCAGAGGCCGCACGAACGGCCCUCGAGAUCACAAGCCAGAUGCGCAGAGCGCUGCACAUGGCUGAUGGCUGGUUCAGGACCCUCAAACGAGUGCAUGUGUAUUUCAUUCGGAUCAAGAAGGACUUCCGUCGAAACGCGAAAGCAACGACUGGUCUUUCUCCCGGGGCCGAGUCUUUGCGCAAUCUCACCCUUCGCGAAGGGGGGCCUGGUGGUGGCCUAGAAGAAUACAAGCUGCUGGAGAAGUCAUUACGGGAAUUUGGCAGCUUAUGGGACGAGAACGAGGACCUGGACAUGCUCGACGUGGGCGACGAGGAGCGCCGCCCUGACACUAGUUCGUCGAUGCCUAAGGGUGAGGCCAUGGAUACAUCGAACGCCCCCGAUGCCAUCCGGCACGAGCGGUGGAACGCGAUCAAUACCGUGGCCGCGGCUGCAUCCCAGCAGAACGCAGCCAAUGGGGCGACCACGUACGGACCGGGUCGCAUUCCGAUUUCGAACCCUUCCCCCGAGCAGCCAAAGCCACCUCAGCUGCCCGGACACUCUCCGAUCCUAUCCCCGCCCGGCUCCGCAUCCGCCGCAAGCAACACCCCUUACGACCGCCCGUCGGGCUUCACGCCUAUCCAGCACCAGCAGCAUCCCCACAGCAGUCCCGCAGACCCCUACGGCACGCAUCAACCGGCGUACACAUCUGGCUCAUCCUUUUCGCCAGCAUCGCAGGAGGCGUGGUUGGACAAUCUCGACACUCGCUUCGGCGGUGACGACAUCGCCGCAUUCAUCGCAGGCACCAAUUGGGAAGACUGGGCAGCCAUGGCGCAGCCGGGCGAGCAGGGCGUCAGCGGAUGGCUGAGUGCUGUGUGGAUGGGCGCGCCCGGCCCGCCACCCACACCCGGCAGAUCCUGA